AUAAAAAAUAUUGCGAAAAUAACAUAAAAAAAGUCUUUUAAACAAGUAUUAAAAUUAUGAAAACGAAAGUACCUAGGGGACUUACCUUUAAAACCCCAAAAUGGUGAAAUCCAAUUUAACUGGUGUUCAGUAAUGAUGUAUACAGUAUAGAUAAGAUGUAAAGAAGUGUAUGUAGGAAAAGGAAAGAAAAAGAGCAAGAUGGCUGUAAGUAAAACAAUGACAUCCAGACAGAUGUCAGGCCACAUGUCAAUGGAUACAGAUCCAUUAUCCCCACAAAAUGACAACAGAUCUCCAAUAUUCAGUCUCAGCAGCAAUAAUAUGUCCGCAGAUGCACUGGCUGGACCUCAAGAUGCAAGUAGAAGAUCAACACAAGAGUUGAAACAAGAAGCUAAACAUGCAGGAAGCAGGCCUGAACAUCUUAGUAUAGAGAAGCUGCCGCCAAAAUCAGUGUAUCGGUCUAGAAGUGGACAAAGAGAGGAACUUGACCAGGUUGGGUCAGAGCUACAAGCACAGAUACACGACAAGUUGGAGGAUAUGUCAAUAAACAAAGGACAGGAUAGCAGCUACAGUUCGAUGAGUUCAGGAGAUAGUUUCAGCUGUAGUAGCAUGCCGUCUGCUAACUGGGAGGAUGAACUGAAGCAAUACACAGAUAAAAUGCCACCAGAUAUAAGAAUGGGAUAUAUUGAUGUGUUAAUUCUAUACUGUGAGGAGGACCGAGAGCAAGCAGAAAAGUUUCAACAACAUUUGAGAGAGGAAAUCGAUGUUCCGAAUGGCCCUGUGCAAACUUUACUAUAUGAUGAUGCUGAUAUGCAGGCUAUUUGUGGUUCUAAAAUACAGCAUUUAGCUAAAGGUGUUGAGAGAAGCACAUACGUUUUUAUAUUCAUGACUAAAAACUUUAUAGACGAUAAGUGGUGUGAAUUUUCUAGUGAAAGUUGUUUAAUGGAGGCUAUCACAAACCCAUCGAAGCAAUGGUGUGUUGUUCCCGUUUACACUGAAAAACGUAAUUCGUCCUUCAGGGUUCCUAUGGGACUGAACACUUUAAAAGGGAUUAACUACUAUAAUAAUGACAGGUUUUAUAAAAAUGGUGUCGCAAGAUUGAUAGGAGAUAAGACUUGUGUACGGGUUCAGGCAAAUGAGGAGCAUAAAAUUAAACAGAAGAGAUGGCUAGAAGAAUACAAGAGAAAUCAGAUAGUUAUAAGAGAAAAACAGCGUAGACUUCAAGAAUAUGAGAAAGCACAAACACAGCAGUUGCUAGACUGGCUCGAAGAAGAAACAAAAAGAUUGAUUCAUGCAGGUUUGCUCCCCAAUUUUCUGCCCCAUUCUUUUUCUGAGAGUGACAUAUCAAGCCGUGAUUCAACUAUGUCACAUUCUUCAAGUUCCAGUAGCUUGAAGCCAGUCCACUCACAAAAUCCAGCAGUAGCAAGACAUUUCCAACAGUUUAUUGCGCAGCAAAAAGUUCUUAAUUAUAAUUCAGGAUAUUACUCCCCGGAGCAAAUCGGGAUUAUGGAACAAGUUUACGGCAGUACAAGUCCAGUAACGCCAGGUUAUCCCAAUGUUAGUCCACCUGUGAUGAAUGCGUAUCCAGGUCAGAGUCCUGGUCAGUUUGGCCCAGGUCAGUAUGGUCAGGGUCAGGGUUAUUUCCCUCCUGUUCAGAAUUCUGCUUCGUACCAACAACAGUAUCAACAUCAUGUGAAGAGAAGCACGUCCCAGACCAGUGCAGACAUGGGACCAUCAACAGAAUUCAUUCUGCACACAGAGACGGGAGACAUUUCAGUUACAGUGCCAUCUGUGUUGGCGGAGAGAAUUAAGGAUCUACCAGAAGAUGAACAACAGAACGCAGUGCAAAGUUACUGCCAGCAGAUGGCUAUUAAACAACAACAAGAACAACAGACAGUUGCAAAUCAGCAGUGGAUUGCUGCUCAGAAUCAGUAUGCUACUAGUCAAAGGUUGUCCUCCUUGGAGAUGGAGAACAGAAAUCUGUCACAAGUCAUCAGUCCUGGUGGUGCAUAUCCGCAAGCUCCGUUUUAUCAAAGAAAUUCAAACACUCUUCGGGAAGCAGUUCCAAAUUUUGACGCUAUAGGACAAUCAAUGAGUUCUGGAAGCUACCGGUCAGGAAGUUCUGACAAUGAGACUUCAAGAUCAAUGCAGAGUGGUUUAUCCAGUCGAAUGGAAUUCAACCAGCCUGGACCUAGUGUAGGUCAGCUUGGCAGUAAUAUGGAUGGAAACAGGAGUGAGUUGCAAGGAAAUUUACCCAAUCAUAGCCUGCUUGAGCAUGAUGCUGGUACCAGUCUCAGUUCAAGAGCAUACCCAUCUGUACCUGAAUGCCAGGAACAAGUAUACCAGACAGAAAAAGUCAAAGAAACACAGUCUGAUUCUGAGUCAGAUGAAGAUACUCCAAAAGAAAGUAGGAAGAAGAGGAAAGGGAAGGGGAAACAUAUUCACAUUCACAAGACCUACAUCUAUCAACCUAAGAACGUUCAGAUUGGCGAUCAUAAUGUAGUACAGGAAGCCAGCAGCGAGAAUGAGGGCUUGGAAGAUGAGGAGAUUGUAGCAGAGUUACCCGUGCCAGGAAACAAGACAGGUGUUGGGAAUGAUUCGCCAGUCAGUUCUGACGAGAAGCAGCAGAUGAUGAAGGUCGAUAUUAAGCCAGGGUCAGAGACGCACGGAGAGAUACAGGAACAGCCAAACUCUGCUGGGGCCAGCAGUUCCUGUCAUGUUGAUGCUGCUCCGUCAACUGUUAGGAACCUACCAUCAGGUGUACCACAGGUGCAACAGGCAACAAAGCUGAAACUAUUAACACAGGAGCUUACUACGAUCAAAAGCGCCAAAGAAGAGGACAUUGAAGAGGCUGAGGAAGUAUUGCCAGAUGUAAAAAAUGUCGAACACGAAUACAGUAUGGAAAAGAAGUUUGAAAAUAGCUCAAAGUUCGAUGAUGAUAAUAAUGAAAACUUGGAACAAAAAACAAGGUUUGAAGAAAGCGUAAAUCUAAAUAGCACUUUUUCAACUGAAAAAUCAAGCUCAUUGAAAAGAAAGGAAAUGCCGUUUGAAGAAAAUUUUCAGAAACAAGAUGUGAAACCAACUUGUGUAGCUAAACCAGUGGCAGCGGUUCAACCAUUCAGUCCUACUGGAGCAGAUGAUGAAUAUGAUGAUAACUGUGAUAAUACAGAUCCAAAAACUUUGGUAAAAACCAGUCAAACAACAAAGAAAACAGUAUUAUCAAAUUCAGAGGGAGCAUAUAGCUCUGAACAAACUUAUGUGAAACAAGCCUGGGGUGUGGAUAAUACUGCACCAUCUGCGAGAACACGUACUGAACAGAUGCAGAGAAAUAUUCCUGUUCAGGUUUUAACUAAAACAGUUGACUCAGGUGACACAUUGAGGAAUGGAAAACCCAAUUUCUCAAGUUUAAAGCGUACUGAUCCUCAAGAACUGUUAUUCACCCAAAUACCAGCAGUUGUUACAAAUAAUGGUGUAGGUAAUGCAGCAAAUGCACCUGGUCGUCGAGAGGUUGCCCUCGGAAAUGAUCCUUUGACACGGGAGACACAAGAAGGUACUGUAGCAAGUUAUGGAACGCCCGUUUAGUGUUGAGCUUCCGUGGCCAUAACAAUCUUCUUGAGGUAACAGUCUAACAAAUU